GAGGCGGUGUCCGGCGCGCGAGCGGCCUGCUGGGCGGGCUGAGGGGUGAGCGGCGCGCGGGCGAGGGGGAGAGGGACGGAGCCAGCGAGCCACCGUGGCGACAGGUCCCGCUCUGGCUCUCGUCGGCAGUCCCCGACUCGCCCGAGGCCCGGCGGGCCCGUGACCGCGGCCGCCCCGAGCAGGCGGCAGGACCCUCGGAGACACGGGCGGCGUCUGAGCAGCCACAGUCGCGGGCGCGAGCGAAACUUCACCUGGCGGGGCCCGAGGAGGGUGAGGAUAACGGAGCGCCCCGCCGCUGCCUGCCGCGCUCGGGGGUGGCCGCCCGGUGGGUGUGGAUGGGCGUUCACCGCCUUCACCUGCCGCCCUGGGACAAAUGACUGGGAACAGCAUCGCCGCUCUCGGCCACUUGUUGAAGGUGUCCGUGCAGCGCCGUUCUAACAGGUUUUCUACUUGUAAAAGACAAUGACUACUGAUGAAGGUGCCAAGAACAAUGGAGAAAGUCCAGCAGCCACUGUUGCUGAACAGGGAGAGGAUAUUACCUCCAAAAAAGACAGAGGAGUAUUAAAAAUUGUCAAAAGAGUGGGGAAUAGUGAGGAAAUGCCAAUGAUUGGAGACAAAGUUUAUGUUCAUUACAAAGGAAAAUUGUCAAAUGGAAAGAAAUUUGAUUCCAGCCAUGAUAGAAAUGAACCAUUUGUCUUUAGCCUUGGCAAAGGCCAAGUUAUCAAGGCGUGGGACAUUGGGGUGGCUACCAUGAAGAAAGGAGAGAUCUGCCAUUUGCUGUGCAAACCAGAAUAUGCAUAUGGCUCAGCAGGCAGUCUUCCUAAAAUUCCCUCAAAUGCAACUCUCUUUUUUGAGAUUGAGCUCCUUGAUUUCAAAGGAGAGGAUUUAUUUGAAGAUGGAGGGAUUAUCCGGAGAAUCAAACGAAAAGGAGAGGGAUACUCAAACCCAAAUGAAGGAGCAACAGUAGAAAUCCACCUGGAAGGCUGCUGUGGUGGAAAGAUGUUUGAUUGCAGAGAUGUGGUAUUCAUUGUUGGUGAAGGAGAAGACCACGACAUUCCCAUUGGAAUUGACAAAGCCCUAGAGAAAAUGCAGCGGGAAGAACAAUGUAUUUUAUAUCUCGGACCACGAUAUGGUUUUGGAGAGGCAGGGAAGCCUAAAUUUGGCAUUGAACCUAAUGCUGAGCUUAUAUAUGAAGUUACACUUAAGAGCUUCGAAAAGGCCAAAGAAUCCUGGGAGAUGGAUACCAAAGAAAAAUUGGAGCAGGCUGCCAUUGUCAAAGAGAAAGGAACUGUAUACUUCAAGGGAGGCAAAUAUAUGCAGGCGGUGAUUCAGUAUGGGAAGAUAGUAUCCUGGUUAGAGAUGGAAUAUGGUUUAUCAGAAAAGGAAUCGAAAGCUUCUGAAUCAUUUCUCCUCGCUGCCUUUCUGAACCUGGCCAUGUGCUACCUGAAGCUUAGAGAAUACACCAAAGCUGUCGAAUUUUGUGAUAAGGCCCUUGGACUAGACAGUGCCAAUGAGAAAGGCUUAUACAGGAGGGGUGAAGCCCAGCUGCUCAUGAACGAGUUUGAGUCAGCCAGGGGCGACUUUGAGAAAGUGUUGGAAGUAAAUCCCCAGAAUAAGGCUGCAAGACUGCAGAUCUCCAUGUGCCAGAAAAAGGCUAAGGAGCACAAUGAGAGGGACCGCAGGAUAUAUGCCAACAUGUUCAAGAAGUUUGCAGAGCAGGAUGCGAAGGAAGAAGCCAGUAAAGCAAUGGGCAAGCAGACUUUAGAAGGGGCCACCAACGAAAAAGGAAUACAAAGUCAAGCAAUGGAAGAAGAGAAACCUAAAGGCCAUGUAUGACGCCACGCCAAGGAGGGAAGAGAGUCCUAAUGAACUCGGCCCCUCCUCAGUGGGCCUCUACCCAACUCAGGACUGAACAGUGUUUAAUGUAAAGUUUGUUAUUCUCUAUGUGAUUCUGGAAGCAAAUGGCAAAACCAAAUAGCUUCCAAAAAAUAACCACCCUGCUGCUACCCAGUGGGUUCAUUGAGGGGGUGGCAAGGGACCACUCCAGGUGGAACAAAACAGAAAUGACUGUUGGUGUGGAGAGAUUAAGCCAACAGCUUAAGUCCAGCUCAUUUCAGUUUAUGUCAAGUUUCAGUAUCCAAUUCAGGGUCCCUUGAGAUAAUCCUCACAAUUUUGGUCUGUCUGUUAGGUUUUACAUAUGAAGAAACCUUUAAAAAAAAAAACUGCUCAGUGAAUUUCUCCUUUCCUACAGGUGGGUGGGGUGGGGGAAGGAGGAUGAGGUUUUGUUUUUUAAAUGACUGAAGUGCUCUGAAUGCAACCUGUUGCAUUUUUAACCAACAGAACCCACAAUAGAGGGUCUUAUAUUCCCCUUAGUUCCACAGCAGUAUCACAGACUUGAAAGCCAGAACCUCAGAGGUCACCUGCUUGCUGACUUAGCCACCUCCCACGCUCCCUCCGUAGCCUUGUGGGAGUGGAUUUCUCCCACACUCAGCUUGUCCCUGGAGGAGUAAUUCUGUCAUUCCUAAAACACCCUUCACAAUGAAAAUGAGCAGAUGGGAAUUUCUGGAUUAGCUUUUCCUGCUUUGGAUGUAAUUCUGAGAUGCUGAAAUGUGAAAAGUGCAAUCAGAAUUAUGGUGUUUUUUUUUUCCUUCCCUCCUCUAUUUCUUUUUGGAACUAAUGUUGAAUAUACAGUACUUCCUGUUAGCAUCGCUACCGUUCAGCUCCUUAUUUCCAUUCUAAUCCUUGACAUUAGAAGUUUUAGACUUGUUCUUAUUAUAUCCUUGACCUGGAGUGGAUUUAUUUAUGUAUCCAUUUAGGAUUGAUGCAGCUUUUUUUUUUUUUUGUCUUUCUUAAAUCACUGGCUCAUAAACAUAUGUAUACUGGUUUAUGGAACUUUAUUUACACUUUAUCAUACAAAAAUUUUUUUGACUUUUUAUUACCAAGUAGCUUAAUUUUUAAAAACAAAAUCUGUGGGGUUGACAAAUAAGUAGUUGCUCUUCUACAGUAAGGGUUUUACCUGCGGGUUUGACGUGCAAUUGCCUUCUUUUCCUGCACUGAUAGCUUCUUUGUUCUGGUGUGAGUUGUGAAAGAGUUGAAAACAGCUUUCCAUGCAGGUACAUAUGAACCUAAAUCUCCAAUAAUUAGGCAUUGAAUUAGGGCAAGUCUUAAAAUAUGUAUAUGUAGUUGAAAUUUAGUCCUUAUGGAUAACAGAAUUGAGCAUGGCUUUCCAUUCCCACAGCCUGAGAAAAACUCGUGGGAAUGCAUUUGGCAAUCCAAAGAGCCAUUCGCUUAAGCCUGGAACAUCUCACUUUGUAAAUCCUAAAGAACACUGGCAGUUAUAGUUUAGAUUAGUUUUUAUUUUUAUGGUGGUUUUAACAAAACACUUUCUCUGUUAGGUUAGAAUCCACCUUUAAACCUAAAAAUCAAGUCAUUUUAUACCAGUUUUCUUCUCCAUGGAACAAAUAGAAUUAAAUUGUGAGUGAUUUUACUUUAAUGAUAACUAAAACCCUUCUAAUUUCUCAUUUAUGCUUCUGUCUUUUCUUAUGAAAUAUUUCUUUGAAAGGCCCCAGUCUCACCUAGGAAAUAUGAAAAACGAAAGUUGAUUUUGCUUAUUUGCUUAACUGUUUGAUAUUUGUAGCUCUGUUGACUAGAGCAUGAUUCCAGUGAGGCCAAGAUUAAAAUUUGAUCCUAAGAAGGCCAGUUAGCUUUUUGCAGAUAAAAAAACUAUUCCGAAAAUCCAGUGAUCCCAGCCAGCUUCUCCCAAGUGUAUGUUAUGGGUCACCAGGGGGAGCUGGUGAGAGUAGGUAUGGUGGGGAAAGGGUGUGCGAGUGGUUCUGAGCAAACGAGUGCAAGGUGCCAUCACCACUCGAGAAGAAUCUUCACAUAAUCUCGUAUCGAAUUCAGUAAUCUCAAACAAUUUGUAUAGAAAUCAGCAGAUGUCUGUGAAUCAACUUUUAGACUGCAUAAUGGAGUGGUGGGUCAGCAUAUAAUGAACUAAAAACUAAUUUUUUUUUCUUAAAUAUUUAGAUGCACUUUUUUGUGUUCCUUAAAUAAAUUUUUUUUUUAAAUGUGA